AUGGAGGAGCGUUUAAAAAAGAUGGGGCCGAGACAUGAGGCAAAGCCGAGGAAAGUGAGGUUCAAGCUGGCGUCGUCGUACAGCGGCCGUGUACUGAAGCACGUCUACGAGGACGGUCAGGAACUGGAUAGUCCUGAGGAAAAGUACCCUCACAGCUUCAUCCACACAAAGAUUCCUCAGCACCUGGAUGUGGAGCAGCUUUGCAGUUUUGAGGGUCAGGAUGUAGAUCCUCCUGCAGGCCUCACAGCCCAGCGCAUCAACGUGUACCGAGCAGCGAGCGGCUUCAUACCUUUAACAUCUAAUGAUCAACAGGGUGAAAAUGAACCAGUUUUAGAUUUCGAAAAAAUCAUCAUCUAUACCAGCAACCUGAAGAUCAUCCGAUCUCCUAGUAAAAAAGCUGAGAGCGUUGGUGUGAACAUCCAUCGAGGUCGAGGAGAAGAACGAGAAGUUUCUCCAAGCCGUGAAUUCAGAUCCAAAGGAAGACACAGAACAAAAAGUGCCCGUAAGGAGGGACGACGUCCGGCUCCCAAGGAAGAGGAGACGGGCGGCUGUGAGCAGUGUGGAGGUUUGGGUGCCGCCCCGUGUUCCCUGUGCCAUGGUAGUAAACUAUCCAUGUUGGCCAACCGCUUCAACGAGUCUAUCCGAGAGUUACGCUGCCCCGCCUGCGAUCCUCAUGGCUUACAGCCAUGUCACUCCUGCGUCCCAUAGACUUCUACCUCCUUUAUAGGUACCAACAAACCUCCUGGACUGUGACUAUACACACUAUAAAGGGUUACAUUAUCUAUCCUGUCUGUGAAGUUCUGACUAGAAGUUUAUAAGAAUGUUAAGUAUGUGUGUAAUAAAAAUCUAUAAACAUUGA